CGACUCUUCAUGUGAAGGUAAAAUGCAUGUAUACAUAUACGAAUGGCACGCACAGAGCCUGCGGGCACGAACGUUCGACGCGUAAACAGUAUUUUACGUGUUCAUAAUUGUCAAUAAUAGCCAGUAAGAAGUAUCAAAUCAUCUCUCAAAGGCUACCAAGCCUCUAGACAGGCGAUAACUAUCUCGUUAAAAUGAGAACCGUCGGUAUUACAUUAUUCAGCGUAGCGUUAACCUGCGCUGUUAUUGGAAAUGCGUAUUAUCAGAAGAAACAAUUCUAUCCAUCAGUCGUCUACAUAACCAAGUCCAACCCCAGUAUGGCAGUGAUCUAUGUGCAGGGCCUGAUAUUGGUUUUUAUGAUGAAUACUUUCCUCCGUAAAAUAUUCUUUGGAAAUCUGCGUGCAGCUGAACUUGAGCACCUGGUCGAGAGAGCAUGGUAUGCGGUGACUGAGACCUGUCUUGCAUUUACAGUUUUUAGAGAUGACUUCAGUCCAAAGUUCAUUGCUUUAUUUACACUUUUGCUGUUUUUGAAAUCGUUUCAUUGGCUUGCCGAAGAUAGAGUCGACUUUGUAAGGAAAAUACAGUGUUCAAAGAUGGAAAGGAGUCCGGUCAUCACAUGGCUUUUCCAUCUGAGAGUUUUGAGUUUAUUGGGACUAUUAUUUUCAACAAAUAUGAUCAUGAUUGAGUACGCCUAUGUUUCAACACUGACUAAAGGUGCCUCUGUACAGCUCGUAUUUGGAUUCGAAUACGCCAUACUGCUUACUGUUGUCCUCAACAUUACUGUGAAAUAUAUGCUCCAUAUGAUCGACCUGCAAAGUGAAAAUCCAUGGGACAAUAAAGCAGUAUUUCUACUCUACACCGAACUCAUAAUCGGUCUUCUGAAGGUCAUCUUGUACGUUGCAUUUGUGACAAUAAUGGUCAGGAUAUAUACGUUGCCACUGUUUGCAUUUCGUCCUAUGUACUACACGAUGCGCAAUUUUAAAAAGGCAUUCCAUGACGUUGUCAUGUCCAGGAGAGCAAUCAGAAAUAUGAAUACUUUGUACCCUGAUGCAACGCCAGAGGAAUUGGCUGCCGCGGACAAUGUUUGCAUUAUUUGCAGGGAGGAGAUGUUUACGGCGAGUAAAAAAUUGCCAUGCAAUCACAUUUUUCACACCGCAUGUCUAAGAUCAUGGUUCCAACGGCAGCAGACUUGUCCGACUUGCAGAUUGAAUAUUCUCAGGCCCACACCUAGUAACCCUGGAUCAAGGGCUCAGAAUCCAGCUCAAGCGCCAGGUCACCAAGCCCCUCAAGUCGCGCAGGCACCAGGCGCUAACCAGCAAGCUGACCAACCGUUUCAAAUGCCAGCUGGAUUCUGGGCGGGUAUUCAACAGCCGCAGCAGGGUGAGACCCAUCAGCCUUCGGGGCCAAACAUUAAUCCUAACAUUGGCCUUCCCCCAUUUCAAUCCAUUCCUCCAGGUAGCGUUCCACUUUUUGUCCCUCCAUUUCCUUCUAUUGUACAUCUCCCUCCGUUACCUACACCACCACCAAACUUGACUACUCUUACCGACGAGGAGCUUCGGGCAAUGGAAGGCAACAUGCGUCAGGCUGUUGAAACAAGAAUUCAAAUGCUCCAAAGAGUUCAGCUUCUUCUCGAUGCUGCCAAUGCUAUGAUGAGCCACUAUCAGACUGUAGCUGCUACGGCAAAUAUUCCCGUGCCAAACGUUGGACCUGCAACUCAGAUGCAGAAUGUAAAAGCGACAGAGGAAGUCAUGUCAGCAAAGAAGAAUGUAACUUCGAAUAACUGUGAGGAGCAAAUUAGUCGCUCUGGUGAAUCUUUGCCUAGUGGUAGCACAUCGACGGGAAGCGAGGAUUCGGCAGCUCCAUCAACCUCCAGAGCUACUAUACGACCUAAUGAUGAACAAGAGAUAGUUAGAAGAAGACGGUUGCAGAAGUUCACGGCCCAAACUGCGGCGAAAUGAUUACCGACUUGAUAUAUGCAUUCAAUUCAAUGAUCAGGUAAAAAAUGUGGUCAAGUGGAACGGCGUCAUGGUAUUUUACGAACGAUAAAAUUUUGGUAGUUACAAAUCUGCUUGGGUAAAUGAAUAAAUAAAGUUUGUACAAACACUCAGAA